CUCCGCACAAAGCAUUUUUCCCUAGCUUACCUGGCAGGGGAAACAGGUAGAAGAUGCCGUGGGACCCCGACACCUGAAACAUAAACGUCCUGGCUAAUUACCACUGUACCGGACCGGCCGUGUCCUUGAAGGUCCUUAGAAAUGUCAGGCACGCGAUGAAGUCGUGACUGUCGAGAAAUGUUUGAUGCAAACACGUCGAGUUUCAAGUUAUGCCAAUCAACGCCCCCGCCCCUCAACCAUCUAACUUUAUCAGGCGCUCUGAAUUGGAAAAUCUGCUGGCAAUCAAUAAAAAAGGGCAAGGGAAAGCAAGCAUAGCUAGGGACAUUAUGUAGACGAAUAAUUUUAGACACGAAUGAAGGCAUUUUGGCCGUGUUUUCGGGACCGCCCACCUAUGCUAGCCCACCUCCCUGGUCGAACAGGUGAACACUCGGGCGGUCUGUCGUCCCUGGCAACGUUCGUUAUGAAAACUAAACGAAAACAAAUGCCCCCCAAAAGACAGCAGCGACAGCACAGCGCUGGCGAGACAACAUGCUCUGAAAAUUGGAAAAGUCAGACGGCGGAUACAUCCGUGGACAGCGACGUCGGCAAGUUGGGACAGCCGAGGCAGAUUCCUAGCCGGAUAGGAUCCUACGCAGCAUCAGUGCCAGCCAGUCCCUCAGGGAGACCUCCAUCAGUUCUCAACUGACGCGGCUCCGAAUCGGAAUAGAAAUCAGAGCCAAAGUCAGAACAGGACUCGAACUCGGCGACUCUCGACGACAUACUGGGGAACUGCAUAGACAUCGACUCGGUGGCCGUGGUGCAGCACAAGCUGGUGCACAGAAUCGUAGGUGGCAAGAUGUCGCCGCCCGUGCUGUACUACCUGCCGCCCAGUCCGCCCUGUCGUAGCAUCCUGCUCCUGGCCAAGAUGCUCGACCUGGACUUCGAGCUGAAGAUCGUCAACAUCCUGGAGGGGGAGCAGCUGAAGCCGGACUUCGUGGCCAUGAACCCGCAGCACUGUGUGCCGACCAUGAACGACGAGGGUCUGGUGUUGUGGGAGAGUCGAGCCAUUCUGUCGUACCUAGUGGCCGCCUACGGAAAGAGUGACGAACUCUACCCCACGGACAUUAGGGUGAGGGCCUUGGUGGACCAACGCCUUCACUUCGAUCUGGGCACCCUCUAUAUGCGACUCACGGACUACUAUUUCCCCACAAUGUUCAUUGGAGCCCCCCUGGACGAGGGAAAGCAGGCCAAGCUGGCGGAAGCCGUGGGUUGGCUGAACUCGAUCUUGGAGGGCAGGCAGUUCGCCGCCGCCGAGCACUUCACCAUCGCCGAUCUUACGCUUUUGGUGACCGUUUCCCAGCUGGAGGCCUUCGAGUUCGAACUGCGACCCUAUAAGCAUAUCCGCCAGUGGUUGGAUCGCUGCAAAGAGCACAUGGCACCGUUUGACUACGAGGAGCUGAAUGCCAGCAAGGCCAAUUUGCUGGCCGAUAUGUUUAAGGCCAAGAUGAACCAAUCUGUAGGAUCAUAGAAAUGUUUGGAGGAGUGUUGCUCCCGUAUAAAAAUGUAUACAUUAUAUAUCAGUUGUGUAAGUGUUGUAUUAAAUAAAAUUGUUGUUCUGUGAAUCAGCUUUCAGAAAGAGAAAAAACAUCAAGGGUGAGGUAAGAAGAAAAGUAACUUUUAACUAAGGAUAGACAAAAUAAUAAUAAAUAAGAAGAA